AUGGUGCAAGACACAUCAAGCGCAAGCACUUCGCCAAUUUUAACAAGAUGGUACAUCGACACCCGCCCUCUAACCGCCUCAACAGCAGCCCUUCCUCUCCUUGAAACCCUCCAGCCCGCUGAUCAAAUCUCCGUCCAAAAAUACUACCAUCUGAAGGAUAAACACAUGUCUCUCGCCUCUAAUCUGCUCAAAUACCUCUUCGUCCACCGAAACUGUCGCAUCCCCUGGUCUUCAAUCGUGAUCUCUCGAACCCCAGAUCCGCACAGACGACCAUGCUAUAUUCCACCCUCAGGCUCACAGGAAGACAGCUUCAAAGACGGAUAUACCGGCAUCAACGUUGAGUUCAACGUCAGCCACCAAGCCUCAAUGGUCGCGAUCGCGGGAACAGCUUUUACUCCCAAUAGUGGUGGGGACAGCAAACUCAAACCCGAAGUCGGAAUUGAUAUUACGUGCGUAAACGAGCGGCAGGGACGGAACGGGGAAGAGCGGAGCCUGGAAUCGCUACGUCAAUAUAUUGAUAUAUUCUCGGAAGUGUUUUCCACUGCAGAGAUGGCCAAUAUAAGGAGGUUAGAUGGAGUCUCAUCAUCCUCACUGUCUGCUGAUCGUCUUGUGGACUACGGGUACAGACUCUUCUACACUUACUGGGCGCUCAAAGAGGCGUAUAUAAAAAUGACUGGGGAGGCCCUCUUAGCACCGUGGUUACGGGAACUGGAAUUCAGUAAUGUCGUCGCCCCGGCCGCUGUUGCGGAGAGUGGGGAUUCGGCUGGGGAUUUCGGGGAGCCGUAUACGGGUGUCAGGACGACUUUAUAUAAAAAUCUCGUUGAGGAUGUGAGGAUUGAAGUUGCUGCUCUGGGCGGUGAUUACCUAUUUGCAACGGCUGCGAGGGGUGGUGGGAUUGGAGCUAGUUCUAGACCAGGAGGUGGUCCAGACGGAAGUGGCAUCCGAAGCCAGGAUCCCUGGAGGCCUUUCAAGAAGUUAGAUAUAGAGCGAGAUAUCCAGCCCUGUGCGACUGGGGUGUGUAAUUGCCUAUCCUAA